ACAAACAGGCAUGACGAGUGUCAGGUCAUUCAUGGACCCGAGGAUCCGCGCGCUGGAGCUGCUCGGGGUGGCGCUUUCCGCGUGUGCGUGGAUAUUCACGCUGGCGGCCACAUUCAGGUCGGCGUGGCUCACUCUGUCCACAGAGCUACUGCCCAUGGAGAGCUACGAGCUGGGCCUUUGGGAGACGUGCGUGGUGCAGGACGUGCAGGGUGCUCUGCUGUGUCAACGCUAUGACAGCCCGCUGGCCUUGCCUCGUGACAUCAAGUUGGCGCGCGUGCUCGUGUGCGCGGCACUGUGCGCGGGGCUGCUUGUGCUCGCGCUUGCCAUCCCGGGUUUGCAUGCGGUCAACGUGUGCGUGGACGGGCAAAGCAAGAAGGUGAUGAAAAUGUGCAGCGGGGCGCUGAGCGUCGGGUGCGCUGCGCUGAUGCUUGUUCCGGUCUCGUACGUUGCCCACGCUGCGGCCUUGCGAUACUUCGAUGAGUCGGUGCCGGACGUGGCACCGCGCUGGGAGUUCGGUGACGCGCUCUUCUGCGGGUGGACCGCGGGCGUGUUGCACCUGUUGGCGGGGACCGCGCUGCUCGCCUCCUGUGCGUCUCUGAAAAACCAUCACGCCCAUGCAGGCCCACUGGAUCGGCUGCAGCAGGGACCAAGAACGGAAUACGUCUGAAAUGAACACUUCAACAGUGGAAAAUCUCACGGCACACCUCCCAACUAAACUGCCUCACCACAAGUUUCGGCAGUGUUCUUCGUUAUUUGGUGUGAAAUUUGGUCCUGCUAUCACAAAAGUGGUAUCUUGAUUUAUGCCUGUAAUUCAUUCCCUAACCAAGCUCGAACCUACCUAUAAAAUCAGUUCCCUCUUUUGAAAUUAAUUGAAACACCAUUUAUUCGUAAAAGUCCUCAAGAAAUCGUGACCUUGUGUCACAUUUUUUUAGAGUUA